AUGGCUUUCCCCAUGAUCAGCAGGCUCAUGGAAAACACCAUGAAGAAAAAGAUCCACAUGAAGAAUCGGUCCAACACUUUCGCCACCUUCUUCCACUCCCCAGUCCUUGUCGCUGUGGCCCUCUUUCCCAAUGAUCUACGUUCCACUAGUGCCUCCAUAAGCCUGAGCCCAGAGUGCCAUAUCUGGCUUUUCUGCAUUGGCCUGCACUCUGCUCUCAGGUUCCUGGUGGCAGUGGCAUAUUUUAACUUCUAUAGCUACACUUUUUUCACCCUCUUCGAGUAUUGUGUGGUGUUCUCCAACAUGGCCUUCCACCUAACAGCCUUCUGGGACUUUAAGAGCAGAGAGAUGGUGGUCAUCUCCCAGAGGAGUGCAAAUACUUGGGACUGGGCAACCAAGGGUCAGUAUUCAACACAAUCAGACAGCACUAACUUGGUGGCUUGA